GCAGCAGUUGCAUUGGAUUGUUCAAAGUUGCAGCGUAAUUAACUGAUUAUAUUUUAUGUCAUGGUGAUUGAGAUGUAAUUGCACUGAAAAAAACUUCUGCUACAUUUAUCCAAUCAUGGAGAAAACACGAAAACGGAAACCAGCAAAAAUCUUUCCUGAAUCCAGAUCAAGACGUUUGGUAGAGAUGGCAGUCAAAGGAAAUCAUUCAACACAACCAACUUUCUACAAACAGCAUAUUAAGGCUCCUUGUAACAAUGGAAAUGAUAAUGUCGAUGAUGUCCCCAUAGUGACAGAAAAAACUCCAAUUAUGUCUGAUUUUGAUAAUAUCCACAGCUUAGAAACCACUACAGAAACGCCACAAGAUAAUACAACUGAUGCUUCACACCUGAAUGAAACUCAUCUCACUCAACCAACUUCUGACAAACAGCAUGAGGCUCCGUGUAACAAUCUUUAUGGAAAAAAUUGUUCUAAUGAUGUCCCCAAAGUGACAGAAGAAACUUUCGUCAUAUUUGAUGAUACUAUCAACUGCUUCGAGACCACAAUAAUUGAAACGCCACAAGACGAGUCAACUGAUACUUCAAACCUGAAUGACACUCAUCUUGCACAUCCAACUUCCUUAAAACAUCGCGAGGCUCCUUGUAACUAUGGAAAUUGUUAUAAUAAUGAUAUCCCUAUACUGACAGAAGAGACUCCAGUAAUAUUUGAUGAUAAUGAAAACUGCUUUGAGACCAUUAUACCGGUAAUUGAAACGCCAGAAGUCAAGUCAACUGAUGCUUCAAACCUGAAUGACACUCAUCUUACUCUACAUUCACUUGACAAUAAUGAUAUGGAUAUAGAAUUUAGACUUUUUGAUAACCCGUUUUUGAAUGAUUCAGAUUCUAAAAGUUUGACUCUAUUGAGAGAAAAUGUAAAUCCGACGAAUUUGACCACUGAAAUGCCACAGGAUAACUCAACUGACGCUUCAAACCUAAAUGACACUCAUCUUACUCUUCAUUCACUUGAAAAUAAUGAUAUGGAUACAGAAAUUGGACUUUUAAAUAACGCGGAAUCUGAAUUAGAUAAUUCUGAUAAUGAAAGAUCAACUACUGGAUUGAGAGAAAAUAUGGAUAUGAAAAAUCUGGGAGACGCUAAUAUUUCUGAUGAAGAUUUCAAGCCAUUUGAACAUGAUGAACCAAAAAUGAAUAAACGGAAGAAGAGACACCAGGUCAAUUCAUCAACUUGGAAAAUAAAUCAGUGGAAAGAAAGUCGAAAGCUUGGUAAGGAAUAUGUGGGGAGAGCUAAAGAUCAAGUAAAUGCAAAGUCAAAAUUUAUAAAGAAAAGGUGUGCUAGAGUAAUGAGACAAAGAUGUAAAUGCAACAGAAAAGAUAAAAGUUUAUUACAAUGCAGCACUUUAACUGAAGAAGAGAGAAAGAAGAAUUUUGGAAUCUAGAUGCGUGGUCAGCUAAAAAAGUCUUUGUACAGUUGUUGACUAGAAAAUCAAACAUUGCUAGACCUCGGGAUCGUAAAGAAGAGACAAAAAGUAGAAGGAAAAACUCAUGUCAAUAUUAUCUAAAAAAAGGCACCAACAUAGUACGAGUUUGUAAAACCAUGUUCUUAGACACACUGAGCAUUGGGGAGUGGACAGCUAUAAAUUGGCAGAAAAAAAAACAACACAACAGAAGACAAUUCAUCACACUCUGACAACUCAGAUCAUGAAAAUGAGAUUGUUCCUGCUACUAAAAAGCUCAGAAAGCCAAAGGAAAUGGAGGCACUGGAGGAUUUUUUCACUUCUCUACCGAAGGUAGAGUCUCAUUAUUGUCGAAGAAGAUCAGCAAAACUAUACUGUGAACCUUUAUGGCAUUCCAAACAAGAACUAUUUCAAUUUUAUAAGACUGAUUGGUGCAUGAAAAAAAACAUCAAUCCAGUUUCUCUUUGUACAUUUUUGAACUGUUUUGAAGACAGAAAUUUGUCCAUAUUUCAGCCCAAAAAAGAUGCAUGUGACUAUUGUGAAUCUUAUAAAUCCGGAAAUAUGAGCAGAGAAGAGUAUGAAGCUCAUAUUUUGAGAAAGGAUGAAGCAAGAGUGGAAAAAGAGAGAGACAAAGAAGACAUUAAAUCAAUUACAUUUACAAUGGACCUGCAAUCGCUGUUGCUUAGUCCCAGAUCAACGUAUCAUCACUCUAUUAUAAAAUGAAGUUGUCAGUUCACAACUUCACUAUUUUUAAUUUGGGUACAAAAGAAGGAUUCUGCUACCUUUGGAAUGAGACUGAGGGAGGACUCUCGUCGAAUGAGUUUUCAACUUUAAUUUCUAAUUUUGUUUUAUCACAACUUCCUUUACUUCCAGAUAAAGAAAAAAUUGUUUUAUAUAGUGAUGGUUGCUCAUACCAAAAUCGUUGUUGCAAUUUAUCCAACGCUCUGCUACAUGUAGCAUCGACCAAAAACGUGAUAAUCGAGCAGAAAUUUUUAGAAGUUGGCCAUACACAGAUGGAAGCGGAUGCGAUGCACUCACUCAUUGAACGUAGACUUAAAAACAAAAAAUUAAUGUGCCGGCUGACUACAUCAAUGUUUGUAGGGAAGCACGAAAAUCACCUACACCUUUCAAUGUUUACUAUUUAAACCACCGAUUUUUCAAAAAAAUUGAUAAUCAUUUGUUUUACAACAGUAUUCGUCCUGGCAGAGGCGUUGGUCAGUCAAGAGUGAAUGAGAUUCGUGCAUUAAGAUACCUGCCAAAUUUGAAAUUCCAGUAUAAGCUUAGCUUUUCUGAUGAGUGGCAGGAUAUCCCACAGAGGUUAAACAAAGUAGUGAAGCCCACAAAUAUUGAAUGUCUACCUAGCCUCUAUGAAGAAAGGAUUGCAGUAAAGCACAGGAAAUAUGAAGAUUUACAAGAUUUGAAAUCUAUUUUGGAGUUCGACUACCAUAGUUUUUAUGAUGAGCUCCCUCAUUGAGAUACAACUUUUUCAACCAAUCAUUUUCACUAUUAAUUUCAAACAAUUAUUUAACUGUUAAUUCCAAUCAAUCAUGAUUUUUAUCUUUUAGCUCAUCAUAACAACUAUUGUAUUGUACUCAAAAGUCAAAAUUUAUUUCAAAUCCAGUAGCCUAAAUGUUCAAUUCUUUCUGAUGAAUAAUUGAUUUCAAUCAAUCAAUUCCAAGUUUGAAUUUUUAUGUUUUUUAAUUAUAAAUCCUAAUCUCAUUUUUAGUGUUAGUAAUUUAGCAGUAAAAGCCCACAAUUUAUUGCAGAUACACGAUGAACUUAAUACUUAGGCUAUGUACUUUUUCAAACUACUCAUCUAUUAUUAUUAAGAAUUAAUGUUUAUCUAGUGAAGUGUCAAUUUAAAAAAUAAAUUACUCAAUAUCCAUGAAGUUAUAAUUGUAUUUCCUAUCAUGAUUCUAUUGUGAAUCAGAAAAUAUAUUUUCAUA